GCAGGUGCAAUUGCCGCAAGACUUAAGUUGAAAGGUGAAUCAAGAGAAGGAGAAAUCGUAUUAAACGAGAGAAAGGGUGAUAGAAAUCAGUCGAAUGAACAUCUCCGAAACGGCAAAAACUGCAGCGCACUAUUUGUCACCAACUGGAUUGUUCAUUGUAUAACCAGUUCGCAAUUAUGGUUAACUAUAGCAUCGUGCUACUGUUGGCGUUGAUGGUUGGGUCGACCAAUGGUGUACCGAUGUUUCCUUGGUAUGGCGGAUAUCAAACCAAAACGCCGCCGCCUUACUACGCAACAACAACUUAUGCAACAACCAGUUACUACACCGAGGCCCCUAAGUACUACACCACUAAGGCACUGGAGUUUUGUACCACAACUUGCGCUGCCCCGAGCUGCUACACCGACUCCCCAAAGUAUUACUCUGCCCUGAGUUACUACACCACCAAGGCACUGGAGUACUACAUUACUACGUAUGCUGCCCCAUCCUACUACGCUAGUGCUCCUAAGCUUAUGAGAAUUCACACCAUCAAGGCUCUUGAGUAUUACACCGCUACUUACGCUGCUCCGACCACCGAAGUUCCAAAGUAUUCCUCUGCCCCGAGUUACUACACUACUAAGGCAUCGAUAUAUUACACCACAACCUACGCUUCAGCUGACUACAGGAGGACUUCUAAAUACUAG